AUGGAGUCGUUCCAGCCCUCGGGCGCUUCCACUCAUCGGCCUCUCCAGGACAGCGAAAUCCGCGUCGUCACACUUCACCCAGCUUCCUGGUACGAUCCUGUCUCUUGCACUCUUGACCACGUCGUCCUCGACGGUCCGCGAGACGACUACAUUGCAAUUUCAUACACCUGGGGUGACCCCACGCAGACUAAAGACAUCGAACUCAACGGUCACUCCUAUCCAGUCACGACCAACCUCCACUUGGCUCUGAGAUAUCUGCGCAACAAAGACAAGCCACGCCGCCUAUGGAUUGACAGCCUCUGUAUCGACCAGCGAGAUGUGGCCGAGCGGAGUGCUCAAAUUCCUCGAAUGAGGGAUGUCUACGCCUUUGCCGCUGAAGUACACAUUUGGCUUGGCGACUAUGGCUCAACGCCUAACAGAUAUACGUUGCAGUACACAUUCGACCGUUGUAUCGCAGAUGCCGCCAAGGACAAGAAAACUUUUCAUGGACCAAAAAGUGAUUCGGUGAUAAACACAUUACUUAAGAGGCCAUGGUUUCAGCGGAUGUGGGUGAUACAAGAGGUGGCUGUCAGGAACUGGAAAGAGGAUGGCGAGAAAGUCACGUUUCUUGUCGGGCACUCGAGCCUGACGUGGUCCAUCCUUGGCUGGGCAUGUCGGGAUAUGGUGCAUCUGCAAUCAAACCCCAAGCAGCUAGUUCCCGGACGGAACUACGAAACAAAUGGAUUUUUGCAGAUUCGGACUGCGUGGGAAGCUCAGCACCGCGUGCGUGAGUCUCCGAUAGAAGGUGUGUCUUAUACAAUGUCGCAGCAGCUGGGCUACCUGCUGUCCCGUUUCGUCAAUUUCAAGGUUACGGACCCAAGAGACCGGAUCUACUCGCUCCUUGGACUGUUGUAUGGUCCAGGGGAGGUCCCAGAUGACCUGGCACCUGAUUAUUCCAAGCCCGUGGAUGAGGUAUUUCAUGCUUAUGCCGCUUGGAUGCUGAGAAGCGGCGCGUGCAUCGAUAUACUGUCACUGAACUCCCGUCAACGGGUGGGACGAAGAUGCCCGUCGUGGGUACCAGACUUCCGAGGCGAAGAGCAUGAAAUCUGGCAAAAUCUUGUGAGCAAUCCGGUCAAGAUUCUCCAUCAUGACAGGGUCCUGGAGAUCGAUACCUUGGCCAUCGGAACGGUACAUACCGCAGGAAAGCGAUGUGACAUACUGGCAAAGAGCAAGACCAAGUCCGACACUUGCAGGCAGUAUUUCCUUGACUGCGAGGUCUGGAUUCAUGAUCACGCUGCAGACCUAAUCGAUGAUUCUCCACGCAAAAAACUCGGUGAUUACUGCGAGAAGUCUUACCAAGCCUUUCCGUCGGGACAUCGCAUGUUUUACGGAAAAGUAUACGAUACUAUGGUUCGGGAUCCUGAGCCAGGGGGAUUAGGCAUGAACAAAAAGAUGCGAAGGAAUCUUCCCUACACCCGUGCAUUCGCCGAUUUCAUCGCAAGCCAGUUCGAUGGAUUCGCGCCCUUCAUAUGUGGCAACGGAAAGUUGGAGUUCUGUGACAGCAAGGUGGAUGUUCCGGAACCUGGAGACGUUCUUUGUUUGCUAAGGGGGUCAUCGAAGCAGUACAUUCUACGACGGGCCCCGCCUGAUUCAUUGGGAAAAUGGAUCAUGGUAGGAACAACAUACAAUGCUGCUUUCAGGAGAGGUAAAAGAUCUGAAGAGGAGGUCAACAUCGCCUACACUGAACUCUGGACAAAGAAUGCGGACAAGAUCUUUAAAGCGCUUAUUUGUUGACCUUGGUGCUCUCACCUUUGCUACCUAGAGCGUGCGCGACUGGAGUCAUUGAGCCAGAGGCAUAGAAGGCACAAACCGUCACCAUAAUACACUACACCUA